GUACCUAGGACAAAGGGAACGCACGCUGGCUCGCCACCGACGCCAAACCCGAGUCUCGGUCUUAAGGCUGAGGUUUCCUGGGCUGCCGCAGCCGUUGCCUUUGCCUCCCCCCCCUCCCACCCGGCCCUAGGUGACCCACCGCCCUCUAUCCCGAGGAAAAAAUAUAGUAGGAAGAGCACUGAAUUUGAAGUCAGAAGACCUGGGUUUGAAUCCCACCUUUUUUUAUUUGCUAUCCAUGUGACCUUGGACGAGACCUUUCUGGGCCUUGGUAUAUAAGGUUGGAAUAGGUGAGCUCCAUGAAACCAGAGAGGUGAAAGAAUCUGCCUGUCAGUCAGAAAUGGGUUUUAAACCCUAGUCUUCUCCAAACUGAACCUCCUUAACUCCAUCCAUAGUGUUAAUUUCUUCUCUCUUGCUAAUUCAUCUCCUGACCUCAGUGAGUAAAGUUCUCUAUGGACCUGUGUCUUAUAUAAAAUGAGAGAGGACUAAGGGGCCUGGAAGUUCACUAUUCUGUGACAUUCUCUGAUAUCACAGUAUAGAAAAUAGUACAAAUGGUAAUUCAUUUUUAGCACUGAGCAUGGGGUUAUCUCAUUUGAUCUUCAUAACCCCAUGUGCUACAAGGAACACCAGUAGUAGCAUCCAUGUUUUAUAGUUUAGGAAACUGGAACUUCAAAGAAGUACAAUCAUCUGUUGCCCAUACUUAUCCAGCUAAUAGGUGGUUGAGCUGGGACCAGAUCUCUUCAUUUUCAGGCUGGUGCUUUUUUUUUUUUUAAACCAUGGCCACUUUGUAAUAGUUACUCCUAUGCUUCACUUUCUGUAGCAUCUUGAGUUGUCACCCCAGGCUGGCAGGAUAUAGAAUGUCCCUCAACUAGACUGAGCAUUUAGUAGACUUGGUGUUCCUAACCAUUAAACUGACAAAGCAAGUUUGCUUAGUACAAACCUGGAUAUUAGAAAGCUGAGUUAAGUCAGAUUUAUUGAAUUUAUUUUUUUCUAAAGAUUUAGUUCUAUGAAGCAUCCAAGUUGAAAUGGUUUCUAUUCAAAUGCCAUUUCUUUGCAACAGAUGCAUGUCAUUUUGUAUUCUUAAAAACUGUCAAAUAUUUGUCAGUCGAGUAAGAUUUUAAAUGUAUUGGUGGACCUAGAUACAUUCAAGAAUCCUAUUGCAAGUAAAGCAACUCCUCCUCCCCACCCCCCAAAAAAUCCUUUUGUUUUAAAAAUACCCUAUAAGUCUUAAUAUGAUUGAAUUUUUAUAUGUAAGGUCAACCGCUUCUCCCUUAGUAGUGUCCUUCCUGCCAGUGUGGGUUUACAAUUUCAUUAAUGUAGUAUGGCCAAAUCUAACCAAAUUUUACAGAAGCCUAAUACAGUAGAAGGAACACUGGAUUCAAAUCCCACUUGUGCAGCCUACUUAGCUUCUUUGUUUUCCUAAUCUCCAUAAUGGGAAGUUGGUCUAGAACAGAGGUGUCAAACUUGUGGCCACUUGCUGGCUACUUUCUGAGUGCAGCUGAACCAGAUUAAAAUGUAAUUGGGAAAUUUUUAACUAAAUAAAAAUGAAAUACAACAUUAGAUAACAUUAAUUUGUAGUUUCCUAAGUUAAUAUGCGCCAGUAUGAAUAAUUUUCUAACUGUUUGACACCACUAGUCUAGAAUACCGUUAGUUAGUAAGGUUAGUCAAGUCAUUCAACAUUUUUUCAGUGUUUGGUGUGUCAGAGACUGUGCUAAGCACUGGAGACACAAAGGCAGAAUGGAUUCCCUGCUCUAAAGAGACUCAGCUAAUGGAGGAAGACAACAUUCAAACAGCUCUGUACAAUUUCAGGAUAAAUUGAAGAUAAUCAGAGGGAAGGCCCCUUUGAGCUCUAAAUCUCUGAGCCUAUGUUCAACUGUUCUCCCUUAAACUGAUAUGUUUGCAGAACCAAUUAUUAUUAGCCAGAGUAUGCCUGUAGUAGGUUUUUAAAAAGUGUAGGACAACUAGUUAGCUCAAUGGAUAGAGCUAGGCCUUGACAAACAGGAGGACAAAUCUGAUCUCAGACACUUCCUAGCUGUGUCACUUAACAUCAAUUGCUGCUCUUCUGUCGUGGAACCAUAUUUGGUAUCAAUUCCAAGAUAGGAGGAGAGAAUCCACAGCUGAUAUCAAGGGUUCCCAGGAAACAUCUCUGAGUUGGUUGCAACAUGACAAGCGAGGUUGUGGAGGAUGAGAGCCAAUUCUACUUGAAGGCAGAGAAGUACUGGAAAGAUGUCCCUCCCACAGUGGACGGCAUGCUUGGAGGGUAUGGCCAUAUCUCCAACAUCGACAUCAACAGCUCCAAGAAGUUCCUGCAGAGGUUUUUGAGGGAUGGUCCAAAUAGGACAGGGACUAACUGUGCUUUGGACUGUGGAGCUGGCAUUGGUCGAAUCACCAAAAGGCUACUCUUGCCACUCUUCAAAGUGGUAGAUAUGGUUGAUGUUACAGAGGAUUUCCUGAUUAAGGCCAAAACCUACCUGGGAGAGGAGGGCAGGAGGGUGAGGAACUAUUUUUGUUGUGGUCUACAAGACUUCAGUCCAGAGCCAAGCUCCUAUGAUGUGAUUUGGAUCCAAUGGGUCAUAGGUCACCUUACUGAUCAGCAUCUUGCUGAAUUCCUAAGAAGAUGCAAGGUAGGCUUGAGGCCCAACGGCAUCAUUGUCAUCAAGGACAACAUGGCCCAGGAGGGUGUGAUCAUGGAUGAUGUGGAUAGCAGUGUGUGCCGGGAUCAAGAGGUGGUCCGCAGGAUUGUUCGCCAUGCAGGUCUUAAUCUCCUGGCUGAGGAGAGGCAAGAAAAUUUCCCUGAUGAGAUUUAUCAAGUCUACAGCUUUGCCAUGAGAUGAGACCCAGUUUGGCACGAGAGACACAAGAAGGGACCAGUGUGGGGUUGGGGGUUGGGGGGGUGGGGGCAGGGAACUGGAGCCAACUGACAGCUGUUGGGUCAAACAGUGUUGUGUUAUGGUUCAGGAGUAUAGAAAACAGCCCUGUGAAGGCUGCUAAAUACACCUGUAUGUUUGCUGUCAGUUUACUCUGUAUUUAAAAGAAAACCCAGACACAGGAGGUAAAAUGCUGCUGGACAGGAUAGAAGGCGAGUUGUGGGGAGCAGGAGUUUCAAAGCAGAGUGCCAGCCAACAAUUUUUUGUGAGCAAAAUAGGGAGAGUAGGCUUGGAUCAUAACCAUCUCCUAAACUUUUCCCCCCGAUCUUUCCUUGUGCCUAUAUGGGCACUUGUUAUUUUUCUUCCAGUAACAUGAUUACAUGUGAUGAUGGGUCUGGGAAAACACUUGAUACAUUGAUCCUAAAAGAUGACUUUUUUUUAAAAACCAAAGGUCUGGCUGCCUUAACAGGAAAUAAAAUCUUUUAACUUGGCUUCUGUGGACAUUGAAGAGGAAAUCCAUUGUUAUUUAUUUACUGGGAAGCAAACAAAGUGUUCUCAUUCUUUUAGGAAUAACGGCAAAUCCUUUCACAGCCCUGGUUAAGCUAAGCCUCACUUUGGUAACAUGGAUCAGGAUGUUGUGGGACUGUUCGAUGUUUCAUUAAGUAUUUUGUGUGCUUGUCUCCCUCUCCUUAAUGAAUGUAACAAUUAGGAAAAGGGUUAAAACCCCAACAGUUGCUCUCAGAUUAGAGCAGAGAAUUUGCUUAAUGGUUUUACUACUCAUUGUGCCUUGCUUUUUGAAUGUGGUUCUUCUGUGGCAAGCUGUUAGUGUCAUUUUCAGUCCAAAAUAAAAGAUAAAUUCAUUCAGUGUUGAAAA